UGAUUUAUUCUUGGCAUACUUCUCGGUGUCUAGUUGAGCACCAGACAGAACGAGACGCUUUUUUUAUUGUUACAAUGUCAUGCCACUUUAGCACUUGUGCAUCGGCUGUUUACGCAAACCACAGAUCUUCGCAAUUGUAACGUUUGCUUGAGGGUCAGCAGGGGUGGAUAUCCAAGAGGCCUAGAUAUUAAAAGAGACGGUCCCUCUUACCGUGGCUUCAAUUGAUUAUUUUGCAGUUUUUUAUUCCCUCAAGGCCUGAGUCCCGCCAAUGCCUAGUCACGGUGUGUGUAUAUGCUAAAAUGAUAGUGAUGUGAGAGUGCACUUCCAUCUACUCAACAAGGAUUAAUAAUGCUUACUAUAUGUAUUAACAAAAUGAAUUCAUCAAGACUUAUUGUAAUUGUUGCAUUUUUACAACUGCAGCUAAAAUUAAAUAAUACUUUGACUCUGGGCUUACAGGAAAGCCAGAAAGAUGACGGCAACAAAACUUGCCAGGAUGCACUAAUUGCUGAGAAAGACAAUUUCCACUUCACUGGUUUAGUGAACUUCAAUUCUGACCAACGCCUCUGGAACCGAUUUCUGACAAUACAGUAUAAACAAAUGUCCAAUGAUGAAUUCAUAUCCAUGUGUUCAUUUGACACAAACACUACGGUUUCCACGAAUUCAUCUAACGACUGCUAUUGUUCCAAUAGUUCCACUAAUUUUAAGCAGUUUGUGAUAAACAAAACUGCAAAAUUAAAGUACAGUAAUGCUGAGAUAAGAGCUGUGAUGUAUUCAACAAACGGCAAGGUUGUUUACAGCAAGACACUAAAACUACCUCGAAUCAUUAAAAAUUUUAACAGCACAUUGGAAGCUGAUGACAAAAAAUAUGAAAUUUCUGGCUGUGAAAAAUGCAAUAUGACAUCUUCCACUAUCCGAUUUUGCUGUUACUCGGAUGAUGGGUCAUGCAUCCCUGUAAUUUAUAACAAUGGAGAGAAAGUAAAUAAUUCGGCUGGCAACUGCACAGAAUUCAAGCUUAAAGCUAAUGAAAUAGCUUACUUGGCCUUUUCAAUUGAAGAUUCUGAUACAGGUAUUCCUGCUGUCAACAAAUCAUGCAUUGUUGAAUAUACAGCUCGAGAACAAAAACGAACGAUUUCAAAGUCACUGGGGUUUCCUUUCAUUAUUGUUGGAUAUGUAAGUGGAAGCAUCUUGAUAGUCAUAGCGAUUUGCGUAGUGGUACGCUUGAUUCGUAAAAAAAUAAAAUCUUAUCCACCUGCAAGAAAAAAAGUAUAUUCUUCCAAGGCUUUUAAUUUAGCAGCCUGUGUACGACGGUUGUUUAAGCAAGAAAAAAGCAUUUUUGUCAGUCAGACAGACAUAUAGAACAGCAAAACUAUUAUUAUAGAUAACAGUAAUACAGUGAAGAAAACAGUUUCUGGCAAAGUUGAGUGAUGCUAGAAAUAUUUUAUUCAUAUCAAUUUACUGUAAAACUGAAUCUGAUUCUACAAUGCAGAAAAACUAGAUUAAUGGCCUAUAGCCUUUCUUUUCUUUUUAAAUUUCAAACUAAAAUGGUUCAAAAGCCGACUCAAAGCAUAUUAUAAAUGCAAAUAAAUAGAAAUUGCAUUUUAUUUUACUGUUUAGAGACUUUUCUAUGUAUUUACAAGUAAC